CCGGGGCGGGGCCACCCCUCUCCUCCCACACCCCCACACACCCCGCGUCCCCUGCCUGGGGCACCGCCGUCUGUCCGUCCGUCCGUCCGUCGGGCACGGGGUAGGCGAGGAGCCGGGGGCUCUCCCACCUGGGAGCUGAGGUUCAGAGGCGAAAACAACAACAGAAUGGAAUGGUGUCUGUAAACCAUCCACAAACAGAAGGAAACAGAAGACCUGCUGUUUUAUUUAAAAAAGAAAAAAAAGUGCAGAUCAUCAAUCAAUGUGAAUGGCAUUAACAAAGGAUUCGUUUGAACGGAUUAAGUGGCUUAUCAGAGCUGCCUGGUGGCUGCUGAUUGUUUUUUCAGCACAAGAAAUUGAUGGGGGAGGAUACGCAUAUAUUGACCCAUGUGGGGGACAGGAUUGUUCAGUUUGUCGGUGCUUUCCAGAAAAAGGAUCAAGAGGUCAGCCUGGUGAGUUGGGAGCUCAAGGUCCAAUUGGAUCCUUAGGAUCUACAGGACCAGCCGGUCUGCCAGGGGAAAAAGGACAGAGAGGUGAGAAUGGGCAGCCUGGGCCAGCUGGAGAAAAAGGUGAUAAGGGCCCAACUGGAGUCCCAGGAUUUCCUGGUCUAGAUGGUGUUCCUGGAUUACCAGGAAGUGAAGGACCCAGGGGCAAACAUGGUGUAGAUGGCUGCAAUGGCUCAAGAGGAGAUCCAGGAUUUCCAGGCGAAAAUGGAUAUAUUGGACCUAGAGGUCCUUAUGGAAAUCCAGGGCAAAAAGGAGAAAAAGGAAAUUCAGUAUUUGUUUCACAUUUUGGAAAAGGACCCCCAGGAGAGAGGGGUGAUCCUGGACCCCCUGGCGUUCCUGGUCCUAGAGGGUCAAGAGGUACAACAGGCCCACCUGGAUACCCAGGCCAGCCAGGCUUGCCUGGUAUUCCAGGUUACCCUGGUUUGCCAGGUGAACAGGGAAAUCCAGGUAUUGGGGUAGAUGGACAAAAGGGGGAGCCGGGCGAUGUUGGACUGCCUGGACCACCUGGGUCGCCACUCUUAGUUGGACCUCCUGGAGCUCAGCUGUUUAAAGGAGAAAAGGGCCAAAAAGGACUACCUGGAAUAACAGGAUACAGAGGACCACGUGGACCCAAAGGUAUACUUGGGAGAGGAGAAAAGGGUGAAAAAGGCAUUGCUGGAUUCCCUGGAUUGCGGGGUAGUCCUGGUUCUUAUGGACCUGCAGGCUUUCCUGGAAUAAAGGGAGAAACAGGAGCUGCUGGUUUCCCUGGACAACCUGGCUAUCCAGGCAUAAAGGGGGAUCCUGGAGAAAAAGGGCCCCCAGGUCCUCCUGGAGCUGUUGGAACUCCAUUGCUUCCCGUAAAAGGUCCACAAGGAGAUCCUGGAUUUCCAGGUCCUGCUGGCGAUGUGGGGUCAGUUGGGCCAUCUGGUCCUGCGGGCCCACUGGGGAGACCAGGAGAUGAUGGAGCAAGUCUGCCUGGGCUGCCAGGACUAAGUGGGGCACCAGGACCUCAAGGUUUUCAUGGUGAUCCUGGUUUGCCAGGAACAGGUGAAGCACUUCCAGGAAGACCUGGAUAUCCUGGACUGCCAGGACUACCAGGACAGCCAGGAAGGCAAGGGUUACCUGGACUACCUAGUGUAAUUUGUACUGACAGAGGGAUCCCUGGGGAACCGGGAGCAAAAGGUCAGAUAGGCCUUCCAGGAAGAAAAGGUGAAAAAGGAGAAAAAGGAAACCAAGGCCUCUGCUCAUGCAGUGCUGGUCCUCCUGGUCCCCGUGGUAUACAAGGACCUCCGGGUACUCAAGGAAAGAAAGGACAAAUGGGUUACCCUGGAAGACACGGAGAAAAGGGUGAUCCAGGCUUAUCUGGUGCAAUAGGAUCACCAGGGCUCCCUGGGGCACCUGGUUCUGCUGGACAACAUGGUGAAAAAGGAGAAAAGGGUGACCUAGGAAGAGUUAGAAUAAAAGGAAUAAAAGGUGAAAGAGGUCCUACUGGGGCUCCAGGAUUUCCAGGCCAAAGAGGUAAUGAUGGCAGAGAUGGGGAUUUAGGAUUGCCUGGGGAGAAAGGAGCUGAGGGUGAUUCUGGAAUAGCAGUGCCAGGUGAUAAAGGACUCCAUGGAGUCCCAGGACUCCCUGGAGUAAAAGGACCAAUGGGAUUGCCGGGUUUGGGGAUUCCUGGCCCUCCUGGAGUCAGAGGUACCCCUGGAGACUUUGGUGAUACUGGUAGCAUUGGGCCGCCUGGUCUGAAGGGUCAGAAAGGUGAGACUGUCUGUAUUGUAUCACCAUCCCCUGGAAACCCAGGUCCCCCAGGUUUUAAAGGUGUUCAAGGACCAAAGGGUUUAAAAGGACUCCCUGGUCGUCCAGGACCAAAUGGCUUUGAUGGACAAAAAGGCCAGCGAGGCAGACCAGGAGCAGGAAUCCCUGGGCCAGAAGGCUUCCGAGGCAAAGCUGGUGAUCCUGGUGAGGAAGGUGAAAGAGGAUCUACCAUUAAUGGUAAAAAUGGCGCUCCAGGUCCACCUGGCAUAGAUGGUCAGAAAGGUGUUCCAGGUGAUACUACAUAUGGUCCUCCAGGAAUCCCAGGCAAUAGGGGACUGCCAGGACCACCUGGUGCACAAGGACCAAGGGGUGAUCCAGGCAUUCCUGGGCUUCAAGGGCAGCCUGGUACCCCAGGAUUUCCAGGUGCUAAAGGUUUUAGAGGCCCAGAAGGUGAUAUAGGAGCACCAGGCUGUCCAGGCUUCCCUGGUCCACUGUGUGACACGGGAUUACCAGGGCCACCAGGACUCAGAGGUGUCAUAGGCCUGCCAGGCCCUCAAGGCUUACCAGGCUUUAAAGGUCAGAAGGGAGAUAGGGGCCUUGCUGGGCCACCUGGAAUCAAAGGUUUCAAAGGCUCUCCUGGCUCACGGGGCCCUCCAGGUCCUCCAGGCUACCGAGGACUUCCAGGACUUCCAGGUAAUAACGGACCACCUGGCUUCCCAGGACAAACAGGAAGCAAAGGGAUUCAAGGACCCCAGGGAUUCCUAGGACUCCCAGGAACACAAGGCCCAAUGGGAAUCUCUGGUGUUAAAGGUGAAGAAGGAAAAAUGGGUCCACCUGGGCCUAGUGGAGAAUGUGGGGAGAUGGGAAUGAAAGGUGAAAGAGGACCUCCAGGAGACAGUGGCUCCAUUAACAUUCGGCUUGAGAAAGGACAAAAGGGAGAGCCAGGCCUUCCUGGUGAGAAUGGAUUUAGAGGUGAAAGAGGUGAAAAAGGCAAUAUUGGUUUCAGAGGUGCCCCAGGAUUUCCAGGGAAGAAUGGUGUCCCAGGACUGCCAGGUGACCAUGGUGACACUGGACUGAUGGGGUUUCCAGGAUCACGGGGUUUCCCAGGACCAAAGGGCUUUAAAGGAAUUACAGGGUUCCAAGGACAACCAGGUGACCAGGGUGAUGCUGGCUUACCAGGAAUGCCUGGAAACCCAGGAUUGACUGGCCCAAAAGGAUCUAAAGGCAAGAGAGGUGACCCAACUCUUCUGCUUGGUAUACGUGGUCAAAAAGGGCCUCUCGGAGACCCAGGAUUAACAGGAUUCUGUGGGUUACCUGGAGAGAAGGGUUCACCAGGUAUCCAAGGACAACCUGGAAGACCAGGAUCCAAGGGCGAGUCUGGAUACCCAGGAAUACCUGGAUUUCCAGGAGCUCCAGGUCCUCCAGGAUUGCCAGGAGAACCUGGAGAAAAAGGGAAACAAGGAAUUUUGGGACCUCCAGGAUUGCAAGGAUUAGCUGGAUCUCAGGGCAGGAAAGGUCUUCCUGGACUGCCUGGACUGGAUGGCUUGGAUGGACUAAAAGGUCAAAAAGGUUCUGCAGGAGCUCCAGGUCAAAGUGAAACAGGGCGCCCAGGAUACUCAGGAGAACUUGGACUGAAAGGUGACAGAGGUGAACCUGGAUGGCCUGGUAUUUCCAUUCCAGGUGCCCCUGGAGAAAGGGGAUUCCCAGGAUUCCCAGGUAUAAGAGGGCCUGUUGGACCUGCUGGACCUAUGGGAAGAUCUCCCAGUAGUGCCCCUCCUGGUCUUCCAGGUGAUCAGGGACCACCUGGUUUAGAUGGCAUCAGAGGUCAGCCUGGGAAUCCUGGUCCUCCUGGAGAGACCAUCUUUGUGCAAGGAGAUCCAGGUGACAUUGGUAUUCAAGGGGCACCAGGUAUUUCUGGGCAGCGAGGGCAACAAGGAGCCAGAGGUCCUCCAGGGAACCAAGGAAGAGAAGGCCCAAAGGGUCCCAUGGGAAUCCAUGGCCCACAGGGUCCACCUGGUGCUGUAGGACACCCAGGAGACCAAGGUUUUCAAGGGAAACCUGGUCCUAAAGGUUCCACAGGUUUCAUUGGUGACCCUGGUGAACCAGGAAGAAUAGAUGACUCAUGCCCUACAAUUCCAGGACCACCCGGGGAAGCGGGACAAAGAGGAGAUGAUGGCUCUAUAGGAUUAUCAGGGCCAAUAGGUCACCCUGGACUCCAAGGAAGAAAAGGUGAAGAAGGGUCCUGUGGCUUGCCAGGUCAAGAUGGUUUACCUGGGGUGCCUGGACCACCAGGUGACCAAGGGCAUGUAGGAGAGCAAGGAUACACUGGACCGCAAGGUCCACCUGGCGAGACCGGUAUCCCAGGACCACCAGGCCCCCACGUUAGAUCUUCAAGUGGAUUCUUGCUUGUCCUUCACAGUCAGUCAGACAGAGAACCGCUCUGUCCACAGGGAAUGCCAAAGUUAUGGACGGGCUAUAGUCUGCUGUACCUGGAAGGACAAGAAAAAGCUCACAAUCAAGAUCUUGGUCUAGCGGGAUCUUGUCUUCCUGUUUUUAACACUAUGCCCUUCGCUUACUGUAAUAUCAACCAAGUUUGUUACUAUGCCAGCCGAAAUGAUAAGUCUUACUGGUUGUCAAGUGCUGCUCCUUUGCCAAUGACGCCCCUCUCUGAAGAGGAAAUACAACCCUACAUAAGCAGAUGUGCUGUAUGUGAGGCCCCAGCCCAAGCAGUAGCAGUUCACAGCCAAGAUCAGUCAAUUCCUCCCUGCCCCGUGAACUGGAGAAGUCUUUGGAUAGGAUAUUCUUUUUUGAUGCACACUGGAUCUGGCGAUCAGGGUGGUGGACAGUCCCUUAUGUCACCUGGAAGUUGCUUAGAAGACUUCAGAUCAGCACCAUUCAUUGAAUGCCAGGGUCAGCGGGGAACUUGUCAGUUCUUUGCUAAUGAGUACAGUUUUUGGCUAACAACAGUGGCGCCUGAACUGCAGUUUGCAUCAGCCCCCUUGUCAGGAACUCUUAAAGAGGGACAAGAGCAGAGGAAGAAAAUCAGUAGAUGUCAAGUAUGCCUGAAGCAUGGUUAACGAGUGAAACUAAUUAACAGCUACAGCGAGACUGCAGAAGGAAAAGCAUGCUAAAGAGUUAAGCAAUAUUUAAUGUGUGAAUAUUUUUAAGCUGCAGAUCUGUUCUUUUUGCUAUAAUCUAAGAUGGAAAGAUGCAUCUAUUGAGUCGCAUCCACCCUGUGCACACAUCAACAGAUAGUAAAAUCCAGUGUAAAAACUUAAUUUAAAUAAAAGGAAAAAA